AUGAACGACACAACUUUGGAAGCUCCUCAGGAAGUCCAAGACUCACGAUAUGAAUAUUUGGACUCGCCUAUUUUCUGGGUGUUCUUGUUCUUUCUUAUCGGCAACUUCUGCUUCCAGCUCCACUACGCAGACCUUUCAGCGCGCCCAAAGGAUCACCCCAACCACACUAGGGCGCACAAACAUACCACUGUGGACUAUCCUGAAGAGACCGAAACGACAACAUCAGCUCAUGGCGGACCGGUCGAUGUCAACUCACCUCAGACAACCAAAACUGGCUGCUGUGAAUCCACAACGAUUUUCAAAUGGAAACCACUGAGCCCGGUGAUCACAUCACGAAACAUCCAAUGCCUUGCCGUCGUAUUUUCAAGCAUUAUUCUUCUGGCUCAAUUAAUGGAAGGCUACUGGAUUAUGGAAACUUUGGCUCGCUUUACCCUUCAAGGCCCAGUGGAUAAUGAACCCUCUCCUAUCAAACCCUUUGUUCUACUAUCCCUCAUCCUGCACUGUCUCCGCUUUCUGUUCAUUUUGCUCGCAUGGGCGUUUCUUAUCGUCUUCGGCAUUCUCUUGGUCAUGAAUCAGUGCGAUUUCAUCAUCGCGGUUCUCGAAACCAGGAUCGAAGUACAUCAUGCAGGGUGCCAAUACGCGGCAAAGACAGAGGAAAGAGUGAGCGAGGAUAAUGACAGUGAUCUCGAACGGGGCACUUAUACUCAGUUGGAGGUGAUUUGGGAAUCACCUGGAGAAUGA